AGGGAGACUACUCGAUAAUGCGAUAACUUUAAUAAUCUUACAAACUAUCAACACCAAACAUGUGUUUGUAUUAAAGUGCGAUCCAACACUACAAUUAAAGCAAUCCCGAUCGCGCUAAUUACCUAUGUGUGCAUGAUAUCAAAGAAGUGUUAAUUAAUGAGAAACAAUUAAAGCAAUCUCGAUCGCGCUAUUUACCUCUGUUUGCAUGAUAUCAAAGAAGAGUUAAUUAAUGAGAAACAAUUAAAGCAAUCUAGAUCGCGCUAUUUACCUCUGUUUGCAUGAUAUCAAAGAAGAGAUAAUUAACGAGAAAAAUGUGACGUACUUUUGCUCAAAAUACAAACUAAGAACACGGGACUCAUAUAAUGGACGUAUUUCCUAUCACAAAUUACAACUCACAAUUCACUUCCACGAAGCAACAUGGAAUUCAUUACGAGUAGUAGAGGCGCACCAAAGCUUUGCUUUGAUAGUUUUACGUACACGAAGAAGAAAAGCAGCAAGACCACCAUCACCUGGGAGUGCUCACAGAGACGCACCUUGGAAUGCAAAGGAGCAGUUAUUACUGACAGUCCAGCCACAGAGAUUCGUUCCUCACGAGAGCACAACCACGAGAAAGACGACUCCCAUGUCGGUGGUUUAAAGGUCCGGAAAGAAAUCCAGCUCAGCGUUCAGGCGAACAGAGGGUGGCCAGGUCAGAUCAUCGCCGACAAGAUGGCCUCUCAACCUGUCGAGGUUAGAGUUGCUGCCGGAACAACCGAGACAAUCAAAAGAGGUAUAAGACGAAAGAGAGCCGGUGAUGCACCUAACAACCCCGAGAAGCUGGAUGCCAUUCCGUCUCCACUACCAGAGAGUUACACCCGUCAAUUAGUAUAUGACAACGACAGUGGAUCUGACCGGGUACUGGUGUUCGCUUCGGAGGAUGGGCUUCGACUUCUCCAAAAUGCCCCCUCGAAAACGGCGGGGGGCUGCUUAUUACAAGCGAAAACGAUCCAUGAUUGA